CCGGACCAAGAGAAGACGAGGAUGACCAAGCAAGACGCCAAGACGACCUCCUCGGCCGACGACGUGACGUUUGGCGACGUCGAGCACCAGCUGCCAGCGGCCGCCUCUGCGAUCGACGAGCUCGUGGCUGCCGCCGCCCCGGCGCCCGCGGACCAGGCCGCGAUCGACGACCUUCAAGGCGCCGACGCAGCGGCUGGGCAAGACCACGAGACGGCAGUCGCAAAGGAUCGCGCGACGGCAGCUGCGCUCAUGGAUCGCGUUCACGAAGUGCAACAUGUCGUCCCGACGGGUGUCUCGGUCAACGCCGAGGAUGACUCGAAAAUGAAGGAGCCCGCCUUAAAGGUGCCCCGCGUCGACGCUGUCCGCCCGCCCAAGCUCGACCUGCCCGAGGUUGUUACCCAGCACAUCCUCACGAUCAUCGCCCAUGAAGAUACCCUUGAGUUCGUCAAUGCAUGGCCGACCGCGCUCCUCCCGCCGGCGUUCCUGAGUCUCAAGGCGCUUGGCGGGGUCGUCAACUUGGACGACCACUGGCCGUGCAUCGAACUGUUCACGAUACCGGACGAGCACAAGCGUCUCGCUCUGACGGCGCUUCCAGCCUUUCCCUCUGUCAAGUUUGACGUCGAUUUGGCGUGGCGGACGGCCGAGCGGCUUGCAGUGACGCUGCGCGAGCUCAUCGACGCGCUACGGCUGGUGCCGCAGCUCGAGCUGACGUGGAUCGAAGGCGACGACGCAGCGUCCCACGCCACGCUUUCGGACGUCGUCAACGCGUGGAGCGACAAGGUCACGGCUGUCAUGUUUGUCUCUUCCCUUCCGCUGACAUACCCGACGGUCCGCGAGGCCCUCGCGCGCUGCGUUAACCUCCAGCGCGCCUAUUUUCAGGGCACGUAUCGAGGUGAGAGCGCGACGCUGGAGCAGUGCGUCGAAGCUGUGACGACGCCAGCGCACCUCCACCUCCACUCGCUCUCAGUGUUCAGUGAACAAGAGUACGACGCCAAUGGAAUGGUCGCGUGGCUGGAGACGCCGCGCGCCAAGGCGCUUACGCUCUCCUGCUUGAAUGUGCGCUGCAAUGGCUGCUUGGCCAAAGCCAUCGCCACGUCGACUGGGCUCACGUCGCUCUCCAUCGACAUACAUAACGACGCCUGGUUGCUGCUGGAUGCGCUGGGCGAAUACGACUUGCACCGGCUGACGGAUGUCGACCUAUACAUGUCGCUAUGCGCGUUCGAUGACCUUAUCCGGGUCCUACGUCGGCUUGAUGCCGACAGAGUCACGUCGCUCUACGUGAGCGGCUUGCCCAAGCCCACGCCCAAAGAAUUUAAAGUCGUUCUUGCUCGCUUCACAGCUCUCAAGGUUUUCCGGUACGACCAAGUGAGCUACGACCAAGAGAGCGACAACGAGUAG